UGUGCUACAAGCAUGGCUGGUGCGUCAACUGUACAAAACGGCUCAUUAUCCAAACUGCAGUCUCUGCAUGGUAUAUUUGCCAUUCAUAAGAAAAAAGGUCCUACAUCGGCAGAUGUAUUGAACACACUCAAGAAGACACUUUUAAAAGAGGCCGGUGUUACAAAUUUCAACCCUCGGAAAAGGAAACAACCGUUAAAGAUUGGCCAUGGCGGAACCCUGGACAGCAAUGCUUCUGGUGUGCUUGUGGUUGGAAUCGGUGAAGGAACAAAGAUGCUCACGACAAUGCUCGCAGGUUCAAAGAAAUACACAGCUUUUGGAGAGCUUGGCAAAGCAACUGACACUCUUGACGUCACAGGAAAUGUUGUUGAAGAGAAGAGUUAUGACCACAUCACAAAAGAGGCUUUUGAGGAGAAGAUGAAGCAGUUUACGGGCGAAAUUAUGCAGGUUCCACCCCUUUAUUCAGCACUGAAGAAAGAUGGCAAACGCAUGUCUGUACUGCUCAAGCAAGGGCAAGAGGUUGAGGCUAAACCUGCUCGUCCAGUCACGGUGUACAGUCUGUCUUUAGAAGAUUUCAGCCCACCACUUUUCACCAUAGAUGUUGAGUGUGGAGGCGGGUUUUAUGUCAGAAGCCUGAUUAAUGAUCUUGGAAAAGCUCUGUCAUCCUGUGCCCAUAUCAAGGAACUGACCCGGACCAAGCAGGGUCAGUUCACAUUAGAAGAGCACGCAUUGAAGGAAGAUCGCUGGACAUUGACUGACAUUUCACAGGCUCUCCAGCCGUGCCCAGUACCAUCAGCCUCAGAGAAGAAUGCCAAAAAAGCUAAAUCAAAACAUAAUCCAACCACAUCUGAAUCUAAGGGUGGAGAUGGAGAUUAAAACAGUGAUUAAAGGUGAUGAAAAGGCCGCAUUUUGAUACAUAUGUCAUGCUUUCGUUGAGAGAAUUGUAGGAAAUUGCCUGGUCUGCUCUGAUUUGUUUGGGACUCUGUUACCAUCUAUGUGCAUACAUAUUCAUGGCCAUAUAUGGUGCAUGAAAUGAUUAAACAGGCAUAUUUUUUUUUCACGUUUAUAGAUUUUACUACAGUACAAAGACAUUAACAUAAGUCAUAGUUAUUGUUUUGAUUAAAAGACCACUUUGUUACCAAGAGUAAUUAACAAUCUUUCUUUUGAUGUUUAGGUUUAUAGAUUGUGUGUUCACUGUAAUUGUGGUAACAAACCACCAGUUGGCACUGUAAUUAUUUAACCUAAGAGGUUAAUCUAUAUUUUUGUUUAUUUUUUUUUAUUACAGGUUAAUAAUAAUAAAAAAGUCCUUAAACCAGUUAUUUUAAUUUUGCUAUUGAAUGUCUAU